UUCGCGGACAAAACGAUUUUGGGCGGGUCAGCAGCAGGUGUGUUUCUCCGCUGAAUUAGUGAAGUCUAAACGAUUGUUCGUCUGCGAGCGAACAAUAAUAAUUUAAAUCGUUAACAAUUAUUAUUGAUAUUAUUYACUAUUUACUGUGUUCACUUUUUAACCUGCCGCGUUAUCACCAAGGCAGUGACUGGUUCGUCGAUAGAUUUUUUGUUCUGUGAGUCUUGUCACUGGGCUUUUUACGGUUAGUCAGGUAUUUUUGUCUGCUCAACGACGAAACGAAUAUGAACUACGGCAGCAAGGCGACGUUCAUCGGUUUGGACACGGACAAACGCAAAYUUCCGCUGUCCAAGAGAUUCGUAAUGUACGCCUACGACAAAGACACCGGAGAAAUAUUUGGUCGCACGCCGUCCAGCUGGGCCAAAAUUGGGUUAUUUUAUACAGCGUUUUAUUUAUCACUUGUCGCUAUGUUUGGAGUAGUUUUAUGGUUUUUCUUCCAAACUCUUGAUCCACGUACUCCGACUAGACUACUUGAACAUUCACUAAUUGGAACAAAUCCAGGUUUGGGAUUCAGACCUAUGUCUAAUGAAACUCAUAGCACAUUAAUUCAUAUAAAUAGUAAAUCUGUUCAAGAUUAUUCAGUGUGGACAGAAAGACUCGUCAAAUUUUUAGAUGUGUACAAGAAACCAGGUUUGACUCCAGGAAGAGGUCAAAAUAUUGCAACUUGUAAUUAUGAUAAACCUCCUGGAAAAGGAAAGGUUUGUGAUAUUGAUGUGAAAGCAUUCGMUUCUUGCACAGAAGAAAAUCGGUUCAAUUUUCAUCGUCAAGGCCCUUGUAUUUUUCUUAAAUUAAAUAAAAUUUAUGGUUGGAAUCCUAUAUUUUAUGAUGACCCAAAUGACCUACCACAUGAUAUGCCAAAAACUUUGAAAGACCACAUCAAAAAAAUAACAAAUCCAGAAGAGUUGAGAACUGUUUGGGUAUCAUGUGAAGGAGAAACUGUUUCUGAYAAAGAACUCAUUGGGCCAAUGGCAUAUUGGCCCAUUCCUGGAUUUCCUGGUUAUUUCUUUCCAUUCGAAAACUCUGAAGGAUAUCUUAGUCCUUUAGUUGCGAUUCAUUUCAAAAGUCCAGCAAAAAGUAUUGUAAUCAACAUUUUGUGCAAAGCAUGGGCAAAAAAUAUUGUUCAUAAAAAAAAUGGUAUCAAUAGAGGAUCUGUGCAUUUUGAAUUGAUGAUGGAUUAACUGGCUUCUACAUUUAAUUAUUUUUAGAUACCAWAUUUAUUUUAAACAAUGUUAUAACUWUAUAAGAUUUCUUUGCUUUAAUUGAAAGUUAGACGUGUUGUUUAUUCUCUAAAACAAUGUAUAAUGGUAUAACAAAAUUUCUUUGUUUGGAAUUAUUGAACAUUAAGUAUUCCAUUUAGUUUUUAUGGAUAACAAUUCUAAAACUACAAUUCUUUAGUUACAUCAUUGUUGUAUGAAUAAAAUGUGAAUUAUUUGUCUUUUACAUUAUUUUUUUUUACAUAUCAAACUAUGCACAUAUCAACAAUAAAAACUUUGAUUUUAUUUAAAUUAUUCCAUUAGUUCUAUCUUAUAAUCUUUAUCAUGUGUUUAAGCUGUAUAUUUUUUUUACCAUGUUAUAUUUAUAUUUCGUCCAAUUUAUACCAAUAUUGAAUAUCAUUAGAUAUUAUAUAUCUCGUCAUAACUCAAAAACCAUUACAUAUUGAAGACUGAUUUUUUACAAGACAUCUUUCGAACUAAUAAUAAUUUUCAUCCAAUUUUCACAUGUAAUAAGUGAUUUUUUUUUAUAAUUACUCGUGUGUUGUCAAAUUAUAGAUAUUGUGUUACAACAAUAAUGUACAAUUUGUGUUCAAUAAGUCUAAAUAUUAGACAAUUAUGAUCUGUUUUUAUUAAAUUAUGUUUUUCUAAACAGUAUUUAAAAUUGAAUAAACAUUUUUUAAAUACAUAGAAUUAAUUAAUAUUAUUUAAUGCAAAGAUUUAUUACAUUGGUAGUUAUUAGGUAUUAGUUAUUAGCCAUCAAAAUUAAUACAUUUUAUGUAUCAAAAUAUAUUACAGUGAUAUCUUUUAAUGAAAACUACUUUGUAAUAGAAAUUAUUUGUAUUUUAUUAUUA